AUGGGCCCACAAAGGAGAUUGGGAAUAUAUGUGGGUUAUACGUCACCAAGUAUUAUAAGAUAUCUGGAACCAGUAACUGGUGAUAUGUUUACGGCAAGAUUCCCCGAUUGCCAUUUUAAUGAGGAUGAAUUUCCAGCGUUAAGGGGAGGAAUUAGAGAAAUUCCUAAAGAGAUUACCUGGUGUACACAGUCGUUGUUACACCUUGAUCCCCCUACGAAUCAAAGAGAGCUGGAAGUUCAGAAAAUUGUGCAUUCGCAUAAAUUGGCAAACCAGUUACCAGAUGCGUUCACGGAUACGAGAAGGGUGACGAAAUCAUAUAUACCCGCUGAAAAUGUUCCAUCAAGAGUGGUUGUUCCUGGGGAACAAACUGAUGGAAACAAAAUAAAUGAACCUGGGGUUCAGUUAAAGAGGGGGAGACCAGCGGGUUCUAAAGAUAAAAAUCCCAGAAAGAAAAAGAAUUUGGUUGAGCAAAGUGGAAAGGUUCUAGAGGAACCUGAUAUUGAAAAAUGUCUGAAAGAAGGCAUAGAUGAAAAUGUUCAAGAAGAACCAAAUAAAGAUAAGGAUCCAGAUGACGAGGAGGGAACAUAA